CCCCACCCCCUCUUCAUGUUCCUCCCUCGAGCCACCACCUCGCUCCACUCCCUGCUGCGAUGCCAGUUCCGCCCGCUCCCCUCGCCUAAAACCCUAGCCAUUACCCUCGCCCCGCCGCCCCUGCUCCUCCGCCCACGCCUCUGCUCGUCCUCAUCCUCCUCCCGCCGCGCCUCCCCUGCCGCCGUCAAAUCCGGCGAGAAGAGGCCGCCCGCGAGGCUGAAGAGGGCGGCGGCGGUGACGCCACUAGCAGCGGGAGGAGCAGACAUGUCGUCCUCGGGAGGCGCCGGGGGGAAGCGCUCCGUGGCGGAUGUGCUCAUGGGGAACGCGCGGGACGCCGCCAGGAAGGCCAAGAAGGGGGCCCCGGCCGCCUCCGGGGUCCCGUCUCCCAAGAAGCCCAGGACGAAGACGGCCGCCGAGGCCGACGGCGCGACGGCCGAGCCGGCGGUGGACGAGAAACCGCCUUCGCCGGCCAAGUCGCCCGUUAAGUCGAAGCGCCCAUCGUCGCCACCCAAGUCCAAGUCGAAGGCCGACGACGCUCCUGAGGCCAAGAAGAGGUCCCCGUCGCCCACGACGUCCAAAACGCUAGCCGCGGCCGCGAAAUUGGAGGCCGCGGAGAAGCCCCUCUCGCCGAAGAGGGCCAAAACCCUAGCGGCCAAAUCUGACGCUAAGCCCUCUGACCAAGCCCUUGUCUCUCAAUCUAAAGACCAGGCGUCUCAACCCGAGGAUAAGAAGACCAAAAUCUCAAAUGCCACCAAGUCAGAGGAGGUGAAUACCACUCUCGAGCUCAAGAAGAAAGGCAGUGAGUUUGAUCCCAUGGCUGCUGCCUACUGGAAGCCCGGCGAGCCUGUGCCAUUCCUCUUCUUGGCUCGGGCACUCGACCUCAUCUCCAACGAGUCUGGCCGGAUUGUCAUUACAGAGAUCCUGUCAAACGUGUUCCGUACGAUUAUUGCCACAACUCCAGAGGAUCUCCUUGCGACAGUAUACCUCUCCGCUAACCGGAUUGCGCCACCUCACGAAGGGAUUGAGCUUGGUAUUGGGGAUGCAUCAAUCAUCCGUGCACUUUCCGAGGCAUACGGCCGCAAAGAGGAGCAUGUCAAAAAGAACCUCAAGGAAUUGGGUGAUUUGGGGCUUGUGGCGAAAGCAAGCAGGUCGUCACAGAAGAUGAUGUACAAGCCAAAACCACUGACGAUAUCACGUGUGCUUGAUACCUUUCGGACAAUCGCAAAGGAAUCUGGCAAAGACAGUCAAGAUAAGAAAAGAAGUCAUAUCAAAGGACUUCUUGUUGCUGCAACAGACUGUGAACCUCAAUACAUUAUACGACUUCUUCAGUCGAAGAUGCGUAUUGGGUUGGCAGAGAAAACUGUCCAAAUGGCUCUUGGGCAAGCUGCUGUAUAUUCUGAAAAAGGGUCCCCGCCAAAAAAAGUCCAAUCACCUUUUGAAGAGGCUGCAAAAAUAAUUAAAGAAGCAUAUUCGGUUCUUCCAGUCUAUGAUAAAAUUGUCCCGACUCUUCUUGAUGCUGGUGUUUGGAAACUUCCAGAAACAUGCAAUUUCUCCAUAGGUGUCCCUGUUGGUCCUAUGUUGGCAAAAGCAACAAAAUCUGUAUCAGAGAUUAUUGACAAGUUUCAAGGUCGUGAGUACACUUGUGAGUACAAGUAUGAUGGUGAACGGGCCCAGAUUCAUUGCAUGGAGGAUGGAACAGUAGAAAUUUAUAGUCGGAACGCUGAAAGGAAUACUGGGAAGUACCCUGAUGUUGUUGAUGCAAUUUCUAGAAUCCGAAAGCCUACAGUUAAGUCAUUUGUCCUAGAUUGUGAAAUUGUUGCUUAUGACCGCGAAAAGAAGAGAAUUUUACCCUUUCAGAUACUCAGCACAAGGGCCCGCAAGGGUGUUACUAUAAAUGACAUCAAAGUAUCAGUCUGUACUUUUGGCUUUGAUAUUCUUUACAUCAAUGGGAAACCUCUUCUCCAGGAACAACUUAAAGUUCGACGAGAGCAUCUUUACAACUCUUUCGAGGAAGUGCCAGGUGUUUUUCAACUGGCAACUGCAAUUACAUCAAAUGACCUCGAGGAGAUACAGAAAUUUCUUGACUUAUCUGUCAACUCCAGUUGUGAAGGGUUGAUUAUCAAGACAUUGGAUACAGAUGCUACAUAUGAGCCAGCGAAGCGGUCAAACAAUUGGUUGAAAUUGAAGAAAGAUUACAUGGACAGUGUUGGAGACUCUUUAGACUUAGUGCCAAUUGCUGCUUUUCAUGGAAGAGGAAAACGAACUGGUGUAUAUGGAUCGUUCCUCUUGGCAUGCUAUGAUGAGCAUAAUGAAGAAUACCAAACAAUCUGCAAUAUAGGUACUGGAUUUUCUGAGCAACAACUUGAAGAACGUUCUACGAGCCUUCGAAGUAAAGUAAUAAAGAACCCAAAGGCAUAUUAUAGGUUCGCUGACACAACUGACCCAGAUGUGUGGUUUGAGCCGUCAGAGGUGUGGGAGGUCAAAGCUGCUGAUUUGAGCAUAAGUCCAGUUCAUCGUGCUGCUAAUGGGAUAGUUGAUCCAAAUAAGGGCAUCUCUCUAAGAUUUCCUCGUUUGUUGCGGGUCCGUGAUGAUAAAAACCCAGAACAUGCAACCACAGCUGAGCAAGUUGCUGACAUGUAUCGUGCUCAAAAAAUAAACCACUCGCACAACCAAGAAGAUGAGGAUGAUGACUGAGACUGACCCCAUUUUUAUGUGCAUUUUAUGCACGACUUAUUGAGCAGGACAUAGUCAAGAAUGCAUGUCCUGUGAUUUGCUUCGUCGUUGUUCAAACCGACUUCGACAUCUUGAGAUCUGUUCGUUUCUUGUAAUGCUGUGCAACCUGUUUUUGUUUGUUUUCUUGUUUUCGUGAUGAAACUGUAACACGUGCUAUUCAGGUGGUGUGAAUGGUAGGAAAAUUGAAUAGUUGCGAAGUGCACUGACACAAUAGCUGUGGAUCUUACGUUUCAAAACCCGAUCUUCCAGCUUAAUUUAAUUAGAGUUAAGUAGUUGUGCACAGACCUCUUGGUGAGUGGUAACGUAGCGGGUGUUUUUCUA